UUUAGAGUUACGUCCCUUUCAAUAACAGGAAGAUUUCCGCACAUCUACUGCAUGUGUCUUUACUGUAGGAUUCAGCGCCGGAGGCUGGGUGGCCUCAGCGGAACCAACUUCUGCUUGUCCAGCUAUCUGAAUGACAUGACUUUCGACUGUAGAUUACUGACAAAUGUUUUCCCUGUUUACAGAAACGAGGUAUUUGAAGAUGUGGUCAAGCGCUGUACAUAUGGUCAACUUGGACAGAUGUGGCUACUCCCCGGUCAUCUGUUCCUCACAUCCAAAUCCAGACUGAAAGUGUUCAGCUUUGACUUCAUCCCUGCCAGUAGACAACAGAUUUCUGACACUGGACCACUUGGGUUCUACUACCAGUCCAUGACUUCCCCCAUCCUGGAUGUACUGGACCCUGGCAUCUACCCCCACACAGUCUUCAUGGUGCAGAGAAGCGGCCAUGUGCAGUGCUGGAAGUUUGAUGAGGAGUACAUGUGGUCAGUCUACGCUGAGUUUGACCUGUGCAACGCCACGGCUGGUGCGGAGGUGGUCAGCGUGUGCAUGGACCCAGUACACAAGUGCAUCUACUGGUGUGAGAGGAGGGCCGCCACGGAUUCAGCUACAUACUGCAUCUGCAAGAGGACUCUACCAGAUGACCUAGCAAAGGUGAAGAGUAAAGACAUUGGCCCCGUGCACGCCCUGGUGCACAACUGUCCGCCCAGCGACGUCUACGUCAUCACAGACAACAUCCUCAUAUCAUCCAGGCCAGAUGAUGGAUCUGUCCACUUUAUUCUGUGGCUGAACAUCGAGAAGCAUCAUGUCACCAUGUUCAUUGGUGGAGAGAAAUUAGAGACAGAGUUAUCUCCCCUUCCAUCAGUGGAUUUCAGGACUGUUCUGGUCCAGUGUCUGCCAGCCAUUGCGAAGAGUGGCCAGUACAGUGGCAGGGUAUAUGUCCAGCUUGACCCACAGAGAUGUCAGGUGGCGACACUGCAGGAAGAUGGGAAACUGUACAGAUACCACACUAUGGAUGAUGCCAGUGAUGUGAUCACCUGCACGAUGACCCAAUUCCCAGACCUCUCCGAUGUACAGCUGGAGGCUGACAACUGGUUCCUCACACAGACCGUCUUUGGCAUCAGGACUGGCAACAAACUCAGGUUGUUCAAUGCCAGGCUUGGUCUGCCGCUGCAUGAUGUGACCUCCCCAGACAAUGGGGAGAUUCUGGGGGUCAGCGUGUCUCAUAUCCCCACUGUCAUGGUGGGAAUCUUUACACAACACGACAUAUAUAUUGUGCAGAAGACUCCUGCAAAAUCCGACAGUCCAAGUGUGAUGUCGGCACCUGCAGGGAGGACGUUCCAGACAGAUGCCCUACAGGUUGCCUACCUGAGUAAGGAGAAGCAACAGGACCAGUCAGCCCAGGUUGUAAAAAGGAUAUCGCACCUGCACAGAAGGUGGAACGGGGAUCAGGUGAAGCAGCCAAGGUCAAGGUUGUCCCAACUUGUAGAUCCCUACAUGGCAGAGUUCUGGAGGCUAGAGGAGUUAGUUGGCAGUAUAGCGGAUCGGUCCAAGCUUCCUAUCAACACUGAGGCAACAACAGUGGAGGAUGAAGUCAGGAACAUUCUCUUCAACAAAAGUUCUCUCCCUUUGGAUGUCCAGCAAGCCCAGAUCCUGUGGCUGUGUGAGAAAUACCCUGACGUGAUGCUUCAGGUUCUAACUGGUGACCUACAGUAUGAUACAGUGGACCUUGCCACAGACCAGGCUGACCGCUGGCAGCGGCUACUUGGUCUGGAGGCGGACACAGCUCUGGCAGGAGAUGUGACACUCCUGUUGUUUGAACAUGUCUGCCGUCUGCUGUACAAGCUCAAGCCUCAACACCUGAUGCAGUUUGUCCGUACAGCCCAGAGUGUCAGUGAGCAGACUGUAGGUGUGUCAGCUUUCGUCCGCCGGAAACAAACAUUCCAGUAUUAUAAGAAGGCAUUGAGCUGUCUCCCCGAACCGGACACAUCUCAGGACAUAGAGGCUGCAGUCCGAGUCAAGGUCCACCUCAUUCUAGCAAGUUGUGAGGAGCAUGACACAGAGAGAGCCAUCAAGCUCCUCCUGGAGCACCAGCAGUGGAAGGCAGCCAUUACCCUGAUCAAGGAGCAGCCGGACAACUCACAGUCCAGGGCGUGUCUCUUGUUCAUCACCAUGGCAGCACUAGCUCAGCAACAAGUCCUGUCUGAGUAUGCUAAAGACAUAUUCUCUCUUGUGCCAUCUUGUCAAAGUUUUCUUACUUUCUCCGACAUCAUCGAAAAGCAGCCGGAAGUAAAACAAAGUCAGCUGACCACGUCUACCUCCGCCAUUUUCUGCCAGGGACCACCAGACAUUCCAGUAGGAUCCGUCAGACCAAUACUAACACAGGUGCUGUCCACAGACAACAAAAGUUGACAGACCUAUUUAGGCAUGAUGGUGUUUCCUUGAAUUAUAUGACCAGCAUAUAGAAACUGAAGAUUUAAUGCAGGACUUGAGAGGAAUGAUUAUUGUUGCAUUCAAUAAUUUGUGAUCUUUUGCUAUUGAAAAUUGGGAUUUAAAUAAUCAUUUUUUUGUUAAACAUUUUGAACAAAUAUUUUUCUUAAUUGAAUUGGAAUCAUAUCUUUCAAUACUAUGAAAAUUUAUUUCAUAAUUUAUCAGUUGUAUACACAACUCAAAACAAAUAAGAUACACUGAGGUUCUGCAAAGUCCUGUAUGGAUCUGGUAUUUGCAUCUAAUGAUAAAUCCUCGAGAAAAGUAUACAUGGUUUUUUUUACAAAUAUAUUUAUGAAGUCUGUAGUGAUAAAAUGAACAUGCGUGUACGUUUUCAAGAGCAUUGAUUGACAGUGUUAAGCUGUCAUUGGGCAGAAUGCAAUAUUGUUUAAAGAUGUUAUUUUGGAAUAAAAUCAUCUUCUUAA